AGUGAGAUAUUUUAUUAUAAGGCAAAGUUUGGGGAAAAAUAUAUACCUAAGAGAUGAAAAAGGCAGCGGAGCGCAGGUUAAAAAUAAAAAGGGAAAAAACGGGAUGCGAGCGGGAAGAGUGAUAUUCAAAAUCAAACGGAAACACGUAUUACCUUUGUUCGACUGAAACCCUGACUUGGGGUUUUUUCUGCAACUUGAUUCUCCAGCGGUUUAUGCAAGUAUGGCAAGCCGCCAUGAUAAGGAUAAGGGCGUGAAUGUGCAGGUUCUGCUACGAUGCAGGCCGUUUAGUGAAGAAGAAGUGAGAAGCAAUGCGCCUCAGGUGGUUUCUUGUAAUGAAUGGCAGCGAGAAGUUACCGUCUGUCAAAAUAUCGCUAGCAAACAGAUAGAUCGGACAUUUACCUUCGAUAAGGUAUUUGGUCCAUCUGCACAACAAAAAGAUCUGUAUGAUCAAGCUGUGGUUCCGAUAGUAAAUGAAGUGUUAGAAGGUUUCAAUUGUACCAUCUUUGCUUAUGGACAAACCGGUACAGGGAAAACUUACACUAUGGAAGGUGAAUGUAAGAAGACCAAGGGUGGGCAGAGUGGAGGACUUCCUACAGAUGCUGGCGUGAUACCAAGGGCUGUUAAACAAAUAUUUGACACAUUGGAAAGCCAAAAUGCAGAAUAUAGUGUCAAGGUCACAUUUUUAGAAUUGUACAAUGAGGAAAUCACAGAUUUGCUUGCACCUGAAGAAUUGUCGAAGAUUGCAACAGAUGAUAAACAAAGAAAGCCAUUGGCAUUGAUGGAGGAUGGGAAAGGCGGAGUUCUUGUGCGAGGCCUUGAGGAAGAAAUUGUUACGAGUGCUAGUGAAAUCUUUACCUUACUUGAACGAGGUUCUGCAAAGCGACGCACAGCAGAAACACUUCUUAAUAAGCAGUCUAGUCGUUCACACUCAUUAUUUUCCAUAACAAUUCAUAUCAAAGAAGCUACACCAGAGGGUGAAGAGUUAAUUAAAUGUGGAAAGCUUAAUCUUGUUGACCUUGCUGGUUCAGAAAAUAUAUCCCGCUCAGGGGCUAGGGAGGGUCGUGCAAGGGAGGCAGGAGAAAUUAAUAAAAGCUUGCUGACUCUGGGUCGUGUCAUCACUGCCCUUGUGGAGCAUCUGGGACAUAUUCCCUACAGGGAUAGUAAGCUCACAAGAUUGCUACGUGAUUCGCUGGGAGGGAGAACAAAGACUUGUAUUAUAGCAACUGUUUCACCAUCUGUUCACUGUCUUGAAGAGACAUUAAGCACAUUGGACUAUGCUCACAGAGCAAAAAACAUAAAGAAUAAACCUGAGGUGAACCAAAAGAUGAUGAAAUCUACUCUUAUCAAGGAUCUGUACUGCGAGAUAGAAAGACUUAAAACAGAGGUUUAUGCUGCUCGUGAGAAAUGUGGGGUCUAUAUUCCAAAAGAGCGGUACUACCAAGAAGAGACUGAGAAAAAGGCCAUGGCUGAUAAGAUUGAACAAAUGGAUUAUACACUAGAAGAGAACAACAAGAGAAUUGAAGAUUUACAAGAUCGGUAUGAGAAAAAGCAGCAUCUUUGUACGGAGUUGAGCUCCAAGCUUGAAUUCACACAGAAAAUUCUGGAGCAAUCUAGGAAAACAAUAUCAGCUCUAAAGGAAGAUUAUAAACAGGCAAAAUUUGCAAUUAAAGAAAGAGAAUACAUAAUAUCCAACCAUAGGAAAGCAGAAAACACUCUGACUGAGCAGGCCUGCACGCUUCGCUCCGAUUUGGAGAGAUCAGUUAAGGACAUUGCAGGGUUAUUUGCAAAAAUAGAAAGAAAGGAAAAAGUGAGUGAUGGAAAUCGGGCUUUGGUCGACAAUUUUCAGACCGAACUUGCUAAACAAUUAGGCCAAUUAUGCAAUACUGUUGUAGAAUCAAUGACACAACAAAACAAUCAUCUUCAUUCUUUAGAGCAACAAUUUCAUGCUUGCAUGGACUUCAAAGAUAAGUCUGCAGAGGAAUUGAAACAAAAAGUUGUAGAUCUCAGAGCAUCAUAUUUCUCCCAUCUUGAAAGUUUGCAAAAUAUAGCUCGAUUGCAUAAGGCAGGCUCUAAUGCUAGCUUGGAUGACAUAAAAUCUUCAGCUUCUAUGAAUGUCGCUUUGCUCGAAGAAACGUUUGCUGUGGCAGUGAAAGAAGCGGAUUCAGUACUUGGGGAUGUUCAAACUACUCUUUCAGAACAGCAAGGGGAAAUGGCUGCAUUUGCCCAGCAAACACGUGAGAAAGCACGCAUUAGCAUUGAGCUAAUUAAGUCAAUAUCAGAUGCUACAAUGAGUUUCUUUGAGAACUUGUCAGGAGAAGCAUCAAAGCUCCAACAAUACAUUGAGCAAAGUUAUGAAGCUCAGGAAAAAAGUAUUACUGAAUUUCAAAAUGCUUAUGAGGAACAAUCAAGGCAAGAGGAACAACAACUUUUAAGUGAUAUAUCUAAUUUGGUUGCCAAGGCGAUGGUUCGAAAGGUAGACAUGGUAAAAACCAGGCUUGCCUGUAUGAGAGAAACAUCCAUAAAGGAUAAAGAAUCCUUUGACCUAAGUGUAGCAUGUAUUCAAAACACAACAUUUGAUUCAAAAAGGAAAUGGGAAACGUUUGCUAAACAGGCCGCAGAUGAUGCAAAUGAUAAUUCUGCCCUUUCAGCAGCAAAGCACUGCCGAAUGGAAGUUCUACUUCAGCAAUGCGUCAACACGACUGACCAUGCUUCCCAGCACUGGAAGGCUACCCAGAAAUCUGUGCAAGAUAUUAGCAGAGAUCAUGCAAUAGUAAUGGACUCACUAGUCAGAGAUAGUCUGGACGCAAAUGAGAAUCAUGCUGCUGAAAUUGAACAUGCAAAGAUUUCAGCUGAAGCAGAUGUACAGAAAAUAAAUGAGAGAAUCCUGUGUCAUGUUGAUGGUUUGUUGGAUCAUGAGCACAAUGCGGCAUCUCAAAUACAUUCUACUAUAGAGUCUCAGUCACAAGUUAUCAAAAAGCUUGAAAAUGAACAUCAGAACAGAGUCACAGAAAUUGAAAAGCAAGCAGAGCUCUGCUUCCGUGGUGAAUAUAUGGAGGAUCAAUCUACUUUUACCACUCCAACGAGAGGGAGCUUUGAAAUUCCAAGCAGGGAUGAUAUAGAGAACUUUCGUGCACCAGCGUUUGAGGUUCUUAUCCAAGAGUUUAGAGAUAACAAUGGAUAUGAUGUUAAUAUUGAGGCAUACCAUGAGAAUGGGAUUCUCAUGGAAAAGCCAUAUCAAGAAAGCCCAAAUUCUCGAGAUUCACGCAUUCCUUUAACUCAGAUAAAUCUAACGUAAUGAAGUGGAGAUAUCAAAUACCUAAUUUAAUGGCACAAUGGAUGCGAAAUGGUCUUUGGAAAUUUGGCGAUUUGUCUUAGAUAUUGUAUCCGGGAAGAAACAUGUAGCACGGAUUGUUAGAUUAUCACAAGGUUUUACCUUUCAACUAUUGGUCCAUUUGUGUUGAAUAUAAAUUGUAUUUUAUAAAAUAAUGUGUUGUUUUUAUAACACAUAAUUUUUAUAGGAACACAAUAUUGUAAUAAUAACAAAUGAUAUUUUUUUAUUCAACUACUAGUGAUUUUUAGAGUAAA